UGCGAAUACUAUUUUUUUUGUUUACAUAUGAUAUUUUUAUAUGAGAUAAUGUACAAACGAUAACGCUAUUUUUAUACGAAACAUAACAGUACAAAUACAACAGAGUACAAAUAAAACUCUUCACCGAACUCAGCGAACUUCAGGAUUACCAUAAUGACAAUAACGCCUUCAACAUACCCACUCUAAACCCCCUCGAACCCAGCGUGACAUUCGGAGGCACCAUGAUAUCCAGUUAGCCAGGCAGCCAUGCUCGCACGAUGAGCGACACUCUCAGCCAAGACCCAGACGGCUUGGGGGUCGCAUACACGACCCUAACGCCAUCUUACCCGCCCACUCCAGCCACCCCGAGCUCCACGGGCCAGGAAGGCCCACCCGGGGCGAACCUGCCACCCUUCUCCACCUUCUCAUCCGACAUGGACUCGAGCGGAGCCUUCAGUUCUGUCUCCGACCGACUGUUCAGCGACACCAGGCUGCUGGACAUCUCCAACUGGGACUACUACACGGAGGCCCGGCUGCUGGACAGAGGCGAGAACGGGCUGUCCAUCAUCACCUCACAGCCGCAAUACCGGCCGUGGGAGUCGAAACCUGUGGACGCGUCCACAUCGUCGUACUCGGUCACCACGAACACCUUCGCGGACGCUUUCGCCCAGCAAAACGGCGCUUCCAAGCUACCCUCCUUCCAGUCGCAGUUCCAAGCGUUCAACGAGCCACCAGUCGCGACAGGCGAGCCUACCACUCUUACAACUCUCACCCCUGUGUCGCCAAACUCCUCCAGUCCGCAGGGCCACAGCCUGACGCCUCUGAACUCUAACUUCCACACCCUAAGUGCUGUUAACGUGAACCCGCGUAGUUAUCCGUUGGUGCCGGCGCCAAUCCAAGCCAGAGAGAUACCUUCCAUACAGCAGCAGUUCCUCGACGAGCGGCAUAUACAACUGUACUCCCACCCUCCUGGGAAUAUCACGUUGAACAAUACGCUGCACCCGACUUUCAUCAACAACCAGAACGGCGCCAUCAUCCAGAGCAACCAGCUCAUAUCGGCGCCCACGGUGGUGACCGUCUUGAAGUCGGAGCCUGAGCUCAAGCUGCUGCACCAGGAGCCCAUCAAGCUGCAGAACGUGGGCCAGUUCCAGAACAGCAUGGCCCAGGUGCAGACCGACAACGGGCUGUACGGCAUCGAGAAGAAGAUGAACGGUAUAACGUCGCCCACGCGGAACGAUUUCAGGAAGAAGGAGCGCAGGAAAAUCCGGGCGUCGAGCUUGGAGAGCUCGAUGGACAGUGACGGGGCUUCCAGCAACAUGGAGAUAGGCUCGGAGAAUUCGGGCCAAGUGGCGGCUAUCUCGAGCACUGCGGGGUUCAAGACGCAUCAGAUGCUCGCGAACGGGAUGGACAUGGACGCUGAUAUCAGCGGCGGCAGCGUGGACAAGCAGGUGAAGAAGAAGAGGAAAAGGUGCGGAGAGUGCGUCGGAUGCCAGAGGAAGGACAAUUGCGGGGACUGCGCGCCCUGCAGGAACGACAAGAGCCAUCAGAUCUGCAAGCAGAGGCGCUGCGAGAAACUCACGGAGAAAAAGGUUAGUGAAGUUAUUUUGGUGUUUUUGCUUGGUGGAGAGCUGAUCUAA